AUGUUGAGGUUCUUGAACGACAAAGGAAAAGUUGUGGAACGAUUUAUUGCUCUACAUCAUGUCAAAUAUACUACAUUUGAGGAACUAAAGGAUGCUCUUCAUGGUAUUGUUGAUCGUCACACGUUAUCUAUUUUGAGGAUACGAGGGCAAGGAUAUGAUGGGUCUUCAAAUAUGAGAGGUGAAUUUAAUGGUUUACAAAGAAAGAUUCUAGAUGAAAACCCCUAUGCUUUCUAUGUCCAUUGCUAUGCUCACCGUUUGCAAUUUGUGGUUGUGUCUGUUGCUAGUAGUUGUUCAUCUAUUCAUGAUUUCUUUGAGUACAUCUCCUUGAUUGUAACCACAACAAGUGCGUCUUGCAAGAGAAGGGAUGCUUUGACGGAGGCACAACACCAAGAUAUUUUGAGUAGACUUGAGAGUGGUGAGAUAUCUCAAGGAAAUGACUUGCACCAAUCAUCUAGUCUCGCUAGACCCGGGGAUACUAGAUGGAUUUCACAUUAUACUACCUUGAUUCGUUUGGAUCAAAUGUGGUCCUCCGUGUUAGAGGUGCUUAGUAUUGUUGAUGAAGAUGAACGUGGAGUAUCUCGAAUGGCGAGUUUGAUAGAAAAAAUGGAGAGCUUUAAAUUUGUUUUUAUUUUGAAGCUUUUGUUAAAGUUGUAUGGUUUUACAAAUGAACUUUCAAAAAUCUUGCAAACAAAAGAUCAUAAUAUUGUGCUUGCUAUGGAAUUAGUUGAUGAUGUUAAAGCUCGGUUGACUACAUUGAGAGAGAGUAGUUGGGAUAAUUUUCUUAUUGAUGUCUAA